CAGAAGAUGUUUAAAAGCACGUUUCAGAGUGGAUUCCUCUCCAUCCUUUACAGCAUCGGCAGCAAACCUCUGAAGAUCUGGGACAAACAGGUGAAAAAUGGCAGAGUUGAGAGAAUCACGGACGAGGACAUUAACUCUUCGGUGUUGGAAGUUAUAGGGCUAAACGUCUGCACCACAUUCAUCACGUGUCCCUCAGACCCCAAGAGCACACUGGGCAUCAAGCUUCCUUUUAUGGUCAUGAUCAUAAAGAACCUCAAAAAGUAUUUCACUUUUGAGGUCCAGGUGUUGGAUGAUCAUAAUAUCCGGCGGCGUUUUCGGGCGAGUAACUAUCGGACCUCAACAAACGUGGCGCCCUUCAUCUGCACCAUGCCCCUAAAGCUGGACGAUGGGUGGAAUCAGAUUCAGUUCAACCUGUCGGACUUCACCUCGAGGGCGUAUGGAACAAAUUAUGUCGAGACGCAGCGUGUACAGAUCCACGCAAACUGUCGCAUUAGGAGGGUGUAUUUCUCUGACAAACUGUACUCCGAGGAUGAACUCCCAGCAGAGUUCAAACUUAAUGUCAAAAAUACGAGGGCCAAGCUCAACUCAGCAUUCGGUCGCUUGUAUUUCCAUUGA